UGUUAUUCGCAUUUAAUUUACUCUUUGAUGAGUAAGUUAUUUAUUUAGUUUUACAUAGAAACUUGAUUAAUGAUUGCAGGUAAUAAACCAUAUUUGCUUACGGAUAUCAUAGACGACAUCGCAACUUCUUCGGCCGGAUUCGGAUUGUUUUGGUCAGCGCUCGCCUUCAUGUCGAAAUCUCAAAGAGUCGAUGGUUUCGUGGACAUGUUGAAGGACACGAAAUUUGGGAAACCGCCGAGGUUCGACAAGAUGAACAAAUUGAUGAAUCUGGUGGGCUUGGGACUCGGUGCUUAUUCCUUCUUCGGCGUUAUUUUCCUAUCGGCCAUCAACCUGUUCUAUCCGGGGACUUGCGAACACGAAAAGAUCAAAUACAACGUCGAAAAGACUUGCGGAUUUCUGACUCUGUUCCGGUUUCCCAUCGAUGUGGACAAAUCUCCGAUCAAGGAGAUUUACUGGUUGAUUCUGACGUCCAGUUGUACGAUGCUCACCGGUUCCUCAUCACUCAUAAUGGGCUUCAUCGUCAGCCUCAACGAGAUGAGGAUCGUCAAGAUUCAGCAUCUCAAAGACAAGUUUCGCGAGACGUUCAAAAUCGCUGACUUCGAUCAACGAAAAAAGCAUUUCCACGAAUGCAUCGCCUACCACACGCAUAUCCUAAGUCUUAAUGAUGAAUUCAACGACAUCUUCGGACAGGUUUUUCUGAUGUACAUCACCUUUGGCUCCGCCAUCAUGAGUUUGGUCGGUUUCCAAUGCACCAUAGAUACCCAAUUAAAGACGACGAUCCAUUUCAUCGGAUGGUUUAACAUCAUGCUGACUACUUGCUACACAGGACAACGAUUAUUGAACGAGAGCAACUCUUUGAUAGAGAUUUAUUCGAUGGAAUGGUACCUCGGUGACUUGUCCAUGCAGAAGGAUGUUUGCUUCGUCCUGCGGCGUUCCCACAUCAUCAUGAAUUUGAGCGCGAUGGGCUUCAGCGAUUUAUCUUUAGCCAAAUUUAGCGCAAUCAUGCAGAACAUCUACCAAAUUGUAACUCUGCUCAGGCAAACAUCCAACGCGGAAAACGUGCUCAAAAACGCAGGAAAUUAAGCACUUUUAGAUGAAAAUUUGCAAUUUUCAUUCACUUCAACAAAACAUCUACAUACUCGAUGACGUUCACAUGAUAGCGGAUGCAAUAGUUGAG